AUCCAACGACCCUGUCAACGCCGUGAAGAAAAGGCAAUGAACCUUCCUCUUUCUCCCAUUCCACACUACAACAACACGCCUAAGCAAAACCCGAAUCAAAUUCACCUCUCUUGCAGAUCUUCCCUUGUUCUUUAAUCCUGUUUUGCGACACCGAUCGCUCUUGGAUUUCCUCUCUUCAGUUCUCAGAAGUUCGGGGGUGGGUUCGAAUUCGCAGACAAUCCACCAUGUUCAAUAAGCUUUUUGGUAAACCUAAGCAGGAGUCUACGGCUCUGGCGACGCUUGAUAAAUUAAACGAGACACUGGAAAUGCUGGAGAAGAAGGAGAAAGUACUUUUGAAAAAGGCGGCCACAGAGGUUGAGAAGGCCAAAGAUUAUACCAGAGCAAAAAACAAGCGGGCUGCUAUACAAUGUUUGAAGAGGAAGAGGCUAUAUGAACAGCAGAUAGAGCAGCUUGGCAACUUCCAAUUGCGGAUCCAUGAUCAGAUGAUAUUAUUAGAAGGUGCAAAAGCCACAACUGAGACUGUAGAUGCAUUGAGGACCGGGGCAGCUGCAAUGAAAGCAAUGCAGAAAGCAACGAAUAUCGAUGAUGUGGAUAAGACGAUGGACGAGAUCAAUGAACAAACUGAGAACAUGAAACAGAUCCAAGAAGCAUUAUCAAAUCCAAUUGGUGCCUCAGCUGAUUUUGAUGAGGAUGAACUGGAAGCAGAGCUUGAAGAGCUAGAAGGUGCUGAGUUGGAGGAGCAACUUCUUCAACCUGCAACAACUGCUCCUGCUGCCCCAAUUCCUGUCCCAGCGGGCAAACAACCUGCUCGACCUGCUCCACAGAAACGAACUGCUGAAGAAGAUGAGCUGGCAGCUCUGCAGGCUGAGAUGGCACUUUGAGUUGAUAUCCUUCAUGGUUUUCAAGCAGGUCGCAUUGCCUGAUGAAUAUUGGAAGCGAGAGGCUAUGUGAAGAAUUGGCCUGAGGUUGUAACAAAGAUUUGAACAUUUUUUGCUAAGUUCAGCGAAACCUGAUGAACAGGUUUCUUUGUGAUAAUACCAGAUAAUAAUCCGAAUUCAAUCUUAGGUCCUGUAUACCAUGUAAAUUAAUAUACCACUACUAUGGUUUCGCGUUGGCCUAAUAUGGAGUUAAUUUGUAAGUGCCUCAAUUACUCAAAUGCAAUGUGUCAAGUUUGAGUUGGUUA